AUGGAAUCAUCCACUACGCCUGUUGAUUUGAAUGACUCGAGGACAACGAAGACCUUUUUCGUCAAGAUCUCAUACGGCGAAACCAGCAGAGUCAUGCUUCUCGGCGAGUGCAAGUCAUCCAAGAUCAUUCAUGAAUUGAUGGCAGACUUCAUUCCAAAGCCCUUAGAGUACGGGAAGUUCGAGAAAGCAGAUAUACCCACAUACUUCUACAUGUCGGAAUUUGUAGAUCUCGACACUACAACGGCACAAGAUCCUUCUGAGUUCUGCAAGCUCCUGGCUGAGAUACACCGGAAGAGUCAGACUCUGUCGGACAAGUUUGGUUUCGGCGUCACGACCUGUGACGGCGACCGUCCGCAUGUUGUAGAAUGGGAGUCAGACUGGGCUGUGUUCUAUCGGAAAUUGUUUCUCCACACGCUUAACUUGGACAUCGAGAGUAAUGGCACUUGGCCCAAGUAUGAGCGUGCGGCGCACCGAGUAGCCGAUUAUGUGAUCCCGAAACUACUGACAAAACUCACAUGGGAGGGGCAACCGAUCAAGCCCAGUCUAAUUCAUGGCGACCUGUGGGAGAGAAACACGGGUAUCAACAAAGAGACGAACCUACCGAUGUUGUUCGAUGCCGGAUCGUACUUCGCCCACAACGAGAUGGAGCUGGGGCACUGGGCUUGCGAGUUCUCGGAAACCUUUGGGAACAAAAAGUACAUGGACCGGUACCUUGAAUUCUUUCUCAAGGCGGAGCCCGCCGAAGAGUUUGAGGAUCGAAUUCGUCUUUACAGCCUUAAAGGGGGCAUGAACUACUCUGCUGGCUAUCCUGGCAGCCAACUGAGAAGUUCGACUUGCAAUAGCAUGCUUUACCUCUGCGAGAAGUAUGCCCCGAUCGACGGCAUUGGUAAGUACGAUAAGUCCAUUGGUCCGAUAGAGACAGGAGCUAGGAUUGUAUCCCAUGAGGAAAUUAGAUGA